AUGCUUAACUUAACUACUAAUAAAUAUGAAAGGCUAAAAAGCGAGUUGAUAAAAAGAUUAUCUGCUUCCAAGGAGAAGAAAUUAAAGCAGCUCCUCAUGCACGAGGAAUUAGGAGACAGAAAACCUUCACAGUUCUACAGGCAUCUUACGAACUUAGCUGGACCUGGAGUACCAGAAGACUUCCUGCGCACUAUAUGGGCAAGUCGACUCCCUCAUAAUAUGCAAGCAAUUAUUGCUUUGCAAUCGAAAAGCACGAUGGACGAUCUGGCGGAAUUAGCUGACCGAAUUAGCGACGUGGUCGGACCUCAAAUGGCGUCAACAUCAGCCGUCACGAGUAAUAGCAGUGAAAAUACCGAAAUUGCAGCCCUGGCUAAACAAGUCGCUAGUUUAACCGAAAAAAUAGAAAGGAUGUCGAGAGAGCGCGGACGGUCUAGAUACCGGAACCGCAGUCGUCAUCGCUCGAGUUCUACGCGAUCAAAAUCUUCAUCACACUGCUGGUACCAUCAACAUUUCGGCGAACGUGCUAAAAAGUGUAUACCGCCAUGUGACUACCGAGCGUCGGGAAACGCAAAGGGCGAUCAGUAA